CAAGUGCGAUUGUGUAGACAGUGUGCUUUGCGACCAGUCUGAGCGAUGACUCUACCGAUGCAUCAAGACGCCGCCGCCGCCUCUGUUUUCAGGAGGACUAUGAUGCUGCUACUUUUGCUAUUGAUGUUCUCCUUAUCGUCGUUUCAAUCGGUCACCGCAGAGUGCCCGGGCGGAUGCACGUGUUACGAUGAAGUUUUUGCAUGCCAUGACCAGGAACUGGACCGGAUACCCGACCGCAUACCUCCGGCCACCAAAGAGCUGGACUUGAGCUAUAAUGAAAUCAGGGAUAUCGAAUCAUUAACUCAUCUAACAGAGUUAGAGACCUUACUUUUGAGCAACAAUAAUAUAAGUGAAGUGAAAAAUGGUGCAUUUGCAAACCUUUCGAAGCUUCAAACAUUAUUCUUGAGUGUAAAUAAAAUCGAUAACAUUGACAUUGGGGCUUUUAAUAACUUAACGAGUUUGAAAGUAUUACACUUGGAUUACAACAACAUUCAUAAGAUCGAUUCGGAAAUGUUUAAGGGACUUACAAAACUGAAUAGACUAUAUUUGAGCAACAAUAAUAUAAGUGAAGUGAAAAAUGGUGCAUUUGCAAACCUUUCGGAGCUUCAGGCGUUAUUCUUGAGUGAAAAUAUUAUCGAUAACAUCGAGACUGGGGUUUUCAAUAACUUAACGCGUUUAAAAGAAUUACACUUGGAUUACAACAACAUUCAUAAGCUCGAUUUGGAAAUGUUUAAGGGCCUUAAAAAACUGGAUAAACUAUAUUUGAGCAACAAUAAUAUAUAUAAAGUGAAAAAUAGUACAUUUUCAAACCUUUCGAAGCUUCAGACAUUGUACUUGGAUAAUAAUAAAAUCGAAAACAUCGAGACUGGGGCUUUUAAUAACUUAACGAGUUUGAAAGUAUUAAACUUGGAUUACAACAAAAUUCAUAAGCUCGAUUUGGAAAUGUUUAAGGGCCUGAGAAAAAUAUAUAAACUGUUUUUAAACCACAAUAUGAUAAAAAAUAUUCCACCUGGAACAUUUGAUUCAUUAACGUCGUUGAGUUUUUUAAUAUUGAGCAACAAUAAUAUAAGUGAAAUGAAAAAUGGUGUUUUUUCAAACCUUCCAAAACUUCAAAUAUUAUUCUUGCAUAGAAAUGAAAUCGAAAACAUCGAGACUGGGGCUUUUAAUAACUUAACGAGUUUGAAAGAAUUACAAUUGGAUUACAACAACAUUCAUAAGCUCGAUUUGGAAAUGUUUAAGGGACUUACCAAACUAAAUAGACUAUAUUUGAGCAACAAUAAUAUAAGUGAAUUGAAAAAUGGUGUUUUUUCAAACCUUCCGAAACUUCAGAUAUUAUUCUUGCAUAGAAAUGAAAUCGAAAACAUCGAGACUGGGGCUUUUAAUAACUUAACGAGUUUGAAAGAAUUACAAUUGGAUUACAACAACAUUCAUAAGCUCGAUUUGGAAAUGUUUAAGGGACUUACCAAACUAAAUAGACUAUAUUUGAGCAACAAUAAUAUAAGUGAAUUGAAAAAUGGUGUUUUUUCAAACCUUCCGAAACUUCAGAUAUUAUUCUUGCAUAGAAAUGAAAUCGAAAACAUCGAGACUGGGGCUUUUAAUAACUUAACGAGUUUGAAAGAAUUACAAUUGGAUUACAACAACAUUCAUAAGCUCGAUUUGGAAAUGUUUAAGGGACUUACCAAACUAAAUAGACUAUAUUUGAGCAACAAUAAUAUAAGUGAAUUGAAAAAUGGGGUUUUUUCAAACCUUCCGAAACUUCAGAUAUUAUUCUUGCAUUCAAAUAAAAUCGAUAACAUCGAGAUUGGGAUUUUUAAUAACUUAACGAGUUUAGACUCUUUAUCCUUGCAUGACAACAACAUUCAUAAGCUCGAUUCAGAAAUGUUUAAAGGACUUACAAAACUAAAUAGACUAAUAUUGAGUAACAAUAAUAUAAGUGAAAUGAAAAAUGGUGUUUUUUCAAACCUUCCGAAACUUCAAAUAUUGUCCUUGAGUGGAAAUAAAAUCGAUAACAUCGAGAUUGGGGUUUUCAAUAACUCAACGGAUUUAGAAGAAUUACACUUGGAUUACAACAACAUUCAUAAGCUUGAUUUGGAAAUGUUUAAGGGACUUACAAACCUGAGUACACUAUAUUUGAGCAACAAUAAUAUAAGUGAAGUGAAAAAUGGGGCAUUUGCAAACCUUUCAAAGCUUCAGGCAUUAUUCUUGAGUGAAAAUAUUAUCGAUAACAUCGAGACUGGCGUUUUCAAUAACUUAACGCGUUUAGAAGAGUUACACUUGGAUUACAACAACAUUCAUAAGCUUGAUUUGGAAAUGUUUAAGGGACUUACAAACCUGAAUAUACUGUUUUUAGACCACAAUAUGAUAAGAAAUAUUCCACCUGGAACAUUCGAUUCAUUAACGUCGUUGAGUCUUUUACAGAUUGACCAUAACCCGUUGACGUGCGAUUGCAAUAUUCUGUUGCUUGUAAACGUGCUGAAAGAAAGAAGUGAUGUACUCGGAGAUUACGACCUGUCGUGUAAUUUUCCCGUAGAAAUGAGAGAAAUAUCGUUGGAAGAAAUAACUGAAAAUAAUUUUAAUUGCACGUCUCCGGAUGUAAUUGUGGUGCCAGAAAACAAGACAUUGUCGGUCGGUGAGCAGUUACAACUCUCGUGCAAAGCUGUAGGAGACCCGGAACCUUCUAUAACGUGGGCCAAAGAUGAUAUCGAUCUAGAACUUGGGAAAAGAGUUCAGGUAUUUCAAAACAAUACAUUGAUUAUAUCAAAAGUGGAAAGAACGGACGGCGGUAAAUAUAAGUGCGUGGCGUCCAAUUAUCUUGGACGAAAAUCUUUCGAGGCGAUGGUUAACGUAAACGGUUUUGGCGGAAAACGAUUGUAAUACCAUGUUUUUUUUUAUUAUUAUUAUAUUAGCGAA